CUCCUUGCAGAGAUGAAGAUGCUCCUGGCCCUUGCAGGGGUCCUGGCCACACUCACCCUCCCCCAGCCCUGUGAGGGCGCUGCCCCAGCCUCCCCCAGGGCAGUGGAGACCUCAGUCAUAAAGGACUGCAUCGCAGAGGCCAAGCUGAUGGUGGAUACAGCCUACAAUCAGACACAGAGGAGCAUCAAGCAGCGCCUUCGCAGCGGCUCGGCGAGCCCUACGGACCUCCUGUUCUACUUCAAGCAGCCAGCAGCAGCCACCAGGACAGUCGUCCAGGCCGCUGACUAUAUGCAUGUGGCCUUGGGGCUGCUGGAGGAGAAGUUCCAAUUCCAGGGGUCUAGGCCCUUCAAUGUCACUGAUAUGCUCACAGAAUCCCAGCUUCGGCUGCUGUCCCAGACCAGUGGCUGUGCUCUCCAGGAUAGUGCUGAGAAGUGCAGCAACAAGUACAGAACAAUCACUGGGAGAUGCAACAACAAGAAGAGACCCUGGCUGGGGGCCUCCAACCAGGCCCUGGCCCGCUGGCUGCCAGCCCAGUAUGAGGAUGGGCUGUCACUCCCCUUCGGCUGGACCCCUGGCAAGAGGCGCAAUGGCUUCCUCCUCCCUCUUGUCCGGGCUGUCUCCAACCAGAUUGUGCGCUUCCCCAGCGAGAGGCUGACCUCCGACCAGGGCCGGGCCUACAUGUUCAUGCAGUGGGGCCAGUUCAUUGACCAUGACCUGGACUUCUCCCCAGAAUCCCCAGCCAGAGUGGCCUUCUCUGGGGGUGUUGACUGCGAGAGGACCUGUGCCCAGCUGCCCCCCUGCUUUCCCAUCAAGAUCCCGCCCAAUGACCCCCGCAUCAAGAACCAGCAUGACUGCAUCCCCUUCUUCCGCUCGGCACCCUCCUGCCCCCAAAACAAGAAUAAAGUCCGCAACCAGAUCAAUGCACUCACCUCCUUCGUGGACGCCAGCAUGGUGUACGGCAGUGAGGUCUCCCUUGCCCAGCGGCUCCGAAACCGGACCAACUACCUGGGGCUGCUGGCCGUCAACCAACACUUCCGCGACAAUGGCCGAGCCCUGCUGCCCUUCGACAACUUGCGGGACGACCCCUGUCUCCUCACCAACCGCUCUGUGUGCAUCCCCUGCUUCCUGGCAGGUGACUCCCGAUCCAGUGAAACCCCCAAUCUGGCAGCCAUGCACACCAUCUUUAUGCGAGAGCACAACCGACUGGCCACCGAGCUGAGACACCUGAACCCCCGGUGGAGUGGAGAUAAGCUGUACAACGAGGCUCGGAAGAUCGUGGGGGCCAUGGUCCAGAUUAUCACCUACCGAGACUUCCUGCCUUUGGUUCUGGGCAAGGCCCGGGCCAAGAGAACACUGGGGCCCUACCGGGGCUAUUGCUCCAAUGUGGACCCCCGUGUAGCCAAUGUCUUCACCCUGGCCUUCCGCUUUGGCCACACCCUGCUGCAGCCCUUCCUGUUCCGCUUGGACAGCCAGUACCGGGCCUCGGCACCCAACUCCCGUGUCCCACUUAGCUCUGCCUUCUUUGCCAGCUGGCGAGUUGUGUACGAAGGUGGCAUCGAUCCCCUCCUCCGAGGCCUUAUGGCCACCCCUGCCAAGCUGAAUGGUCAAGAUUCCAUGAUGGUGGAUGAGCUCCGGGACCGGCUGUUUCAGCAAGUGAGAAGGAUUGGGCUGGAUCUGGCAGCUCUCAACAUGCAACGCAGCCGGGAUCAUGGCCUGCCAGGGUACAAUGCUUGGAGGCGCUUCUGCGGGCUCUCCCAGCCUCGGAAUUUGGUACAACUCAGCCAGGUGCUGAAGAACAAGGAUUUGGCAAGGAAGUUUCUGAAUCUGUAUGGGACACCUGACAACAUUGACAUCUGGGUUGGGGCCAUUGCAGAGCCUCUUUUGCCAGGGGCUCGAGUGGGGCCUCUUCUGGCCUGUCUUUUUGAGAACCAGUUUAGAAAAGCCCGAGAUGGAGACAGGUUCUGGUGGCAGAAACAGGGUGUUUUCACCAAGAGACAGCGCAGAGCCCUGAGACAGGUUUCCUUGUCUCGAAUUGUGUGUGACAAUACUGGUAUCACCACUGUUUCGAGGGACAUCUUCAGGGCCAACAUCUACCCCCGGGGCUUUGUGAGUUGCAGCCACAUCCCCAGGUUGAACCUGUCAGCCUGGCAAGGCAAAUGAAGCCUCUGCAGG